CGGAGCAGCUGGGCCCCGGGAGCACUCCGGGUGGCAGCGGCGGCCACGGCCACUCACGCUCAUACUCGCACGCACACUCACACACCCCCGGCGCAGGAACCUGGCUGCCCCGAGCUUAUAAGAGGAGCGCGUCGAGGGUGGGGAAGGAGGGCUGAAGCCGCCGCGCCCGCCCCCCCCGCCCCCCCGCUGACCACUCCCCCUCCUGCCCCCUCCUCGCUCCUCACCCCGCGCUCCAGCGGCCGCCAGGGUGGGUGCUCCGCGGCCGGCUCCUCUCUCUUCUGUCUUCUCCGCUCUCGGCUCCCCACCCCCUCUCCCUUUCUCCCCUCCUCUUCCCUCCCCUCCUCUGCAGCGCCUGCAUUAUUUUCUGCCCGCGGGCUCGGCUUGCACUACCGCUGCAGCCCGGGGAGGGCUGGUAACUUGUUGUGCGGAGCGAGCGGCGGCGGCGGCACCAUCCAGACGGGCACCAUGGGCACGUCCGCGCGCUGGGCGCUCUGGCUGCUGCUCGCGCUGUGCUGGGCGCCCCGGGAGAGCAGCACCACCGGAGCGGGAAGAAAAGCCAAAUGUGAACCCUCCCAAUUCCAGUGCACAAAUGGCCGCUGUAUUACGCUGCUGUGGAAAUGCGAUGGGGACGAAGACUGUGCUGAUGGCAGUGACGAAAAGAACUGUGUGAAGAAGACAUGUGCCGAGUCUGACUUUGUGUGCAACAAUGGCCAGUGUGUUCCCAACCGAUGGCAGUGUGAUGGGGAUCCCGACUGUGAAGAUGGUUCUGAUGAAAGCCCAGAGCAGUGCCAUAUGAGAACAUGCCGCAUAAAUGAAAUCAGCUGUGGCGCCCGUUCCACUCAGUGUAUCCCAGUGUCCUGGAGAUGUGAUGGUGAAAAUGAUUGUGACAGUGGAGAAGAUGAAGAAAACUGUGGCAACAUAACGUGCAGCCCUGAUGAGUUCACUUGCUCCAGUGGCCGCUGCAUCUCCAGGAAUUUCGUGUGCAACGGCCAGGAUGACUGUAGCGACGGCAGUGACGAGCUUGACUGCACCCCACCCACCUGCGGGGCCCACGAGUUCCAGUGCAGCACCUCCUCCUGCAUCCCCAUCAGCUGGGUGUGCGAUGACGACGCAGACUGCUCGGACCAGUCAGAUGAGUCCCUUGAGCAGUGUGGCCGCCAGCCAGUGAUCCACACCAAGUGCCCAGCCAGCGAGAUCCAGUGUGGCUCUGGCGAGUGCAUCCACAAGAAGUGGCGAUGUGACGGGGAUCCUGAUUGCAAGGAUGGCAGCGAUGAGGUCAACUGCCCUUCCCGAACCUGCCAGCCUGACCAGUUUGAGUGCGAGGAUGGUAGCUGCAUCCACGGCAGCAGGCAGUGUAACGGCAUCCGAGACUGUGUCGAUGGUUCUGAUGAAGUCAACUGCAAAAAUGUCAAUCAGUGCUUGGGCCCUGGGAAAUUCAAGUGCAGAAGCGGGGAAUGCGUAGAUAUCAGUAAAGUGUGUAACCAGGAGCAGGACUGCAGGGACUGGAGUGAUGAGCCCCUGAAAGAAUGUCAUGUAAAUGAAUGCUUGGUUAAUAAUGGCGGAUGCUCCCAUAUCUGCAAAGACCUAGUUAUAGGCUACGAAUGUGACUGUGCAGCCGGGUUUGAACUGAUAGAUAGGAAAACCUGUGGAGAUAUUGACGAAUGCCAAAAUCCGGGAAUCUGCAGUCAAAUUUGUAUCAACUUAAAAGGCGGUUACAAGUGUGAAUGUAGUCGUGGCUAUCAAAUGGAUCUUGCCACUGGCGUGUGCAAGGCAGUAGGCAAAGAGCCAAGUCUGAUCUUCACUAAUAGACGAGACAUCAGGAAGAUUGGCUUGGAGAGGAAAGAAUAUAUCCAACUAGUUGAACAGCUAAGAAACACUGUGGCUCUCGAUGCUGACAUUGCUGCUCAGAAACUAUUCUGGGCUGAUCUAAGCCAAAAGGCCAUCUUCAGUGCCUCAAUUGAUGACAAGGUUGGUAGACAUGUUAAAAUGAUCGACAAUGUCUAUAAUCCUGCAGCCAUUGCUGUUGAUUGGGUGUACAAGACCAUCUACUGGACUGAUGCGGCUUCUAAGACUAUUUCAGUAGCUACCCUAGAUGGAACCAAGAGGAAGUUCCUGUUUAAGUCUGACUUGCGAGAGCCUGCCUCCAUAGCUGUGGACCCGUUGUCUGGCUUUGUUUACUGGUCAGACUGGGGUGAACCAGCUAAAAUCGAAAAAGCAGGAAUGAAUGGAUUUGAUAGACGGGCGCUGGUAACAGCAGACAUUCAGUGGCCUAACGGAAUUACACUUGACCUCAUAAAGGGCCGCCUCUAUUGGCUGGAUUCCAAAUUGCACAUGUUAUCCAGUGUGGACUUGAAUGGCCAAGAUCGCAGGAUAGUCCUAAAGUCUCUGGAAUUCCUAGCUCAUCCCCUCGCACUCACAAUAUUUGAGGAUCGUGUCUACUGGAUAGAUGGGGAAAAUGAAGCCGUCUAUGGCGCCAAUAAAUUCACUGGAUCGGAGCUGGCCACUCUAGUUAACAACCUUAACGAUGCCCAAGACAUCAUCGUCUAUCAUGCACUUGUACAGCCAUCAGGUAAAAAUUGGUGCGAAGAAGACAUGGAGAAUGGAGGAUGUGAAUACCUCUGCCUGCCAGCCCCACAGAUUAAUGACCACUCUCCAAAAUAUACCUGUUCCUGUCCCAAUGGAUACAAUCUAGAGGACAAUGGCCGAGAGUGCCAAAGUACUGCAACUACUGUGACUUACAGUGAGACAAAAGAUACCAACACAACAGAAAUGUCACCAACUAGUGGACUAGCUCCUGGAGAGAUCAAUGUGACCACAGCAGUAUCGGAGGUCAGUGUUCCCCCAAAAGGGACUUCUGCUGCCUGGGCCAUCCUUCCCCUCUUGCUCUUAGCAAUGGCAGCAGUAGGUGGCUACUUGAUGUGGCGGAAUUGGCAACACAAGAACAUGAAAAGCAUGAACUUUGACAAUCCUGUGUACUUGAAGACCACUGAAGAGGACCUGUCGAUAGACAUUGGUAGACACAGUGCUUCUGUCGGACACACGUACCCAGCAAUAUCCGUUGUAAGCACAGACGAUGAUCUAGCUUGACUCCUGAGACAAGUUGUGACCUUUGAGUUCUAAACCAGUAAUAACCCACUUCGGAAUGGUAACCGAGCCAGCAGCUGAAGCCUCUUUCUUCCUCCAGUUUGGAAGAACAUCGAAAUAUCUUUGCGUGGAUCAAGCUUGUAUACUUAACCAUUUUUAUACUACUUUUGUAAAUAGUCCUGUCCACAUUCUACUUCAGCUUUGGAUGUGGUUACCGAAAGUAUCUGUAGCCCUUGAAUUUCUAGACAGUAUUGCCACCUCUGGCCAAAUAUGCACUUUCCCUAGAAAGCCAUAUUCCAGCAAUGAAACUUGUGCUAUAGCGUAUACCACCUGUACAUACAUUGUAUAGGCCAUCUGUAAAUACCCCAGAGAACAAUCACUAUUCUUAAGCACUUUGAAAAUAUUUCUAUGUAAAUUAUUGUAAACUUUUUCAAUGGUUGGGACAAUGGCAAUAGGAUAAAACGGGUUACUAAGAUGAACUUGCCAAAAAAUUUGUAAACUAAUUUUGUACGUAUGAAUGAACUCUUUGACCUCAGUGGAGGUUUGCAAAGACUAAGUAUUCAAACUACUGUACAUUUUUUUUCCAAGUGCUAAAAAAAUUAAACCAAGCAGCUUAACCAUG